GUUCAAUCCACACCCGUCUUUGUUGCUCUGCUCCCACCACAACAGGCACAAUCGACACAAUGUCGUUCAUGAGAGUUGGAAACCUUGCCUGCUCUCGAGCAGGAAGGCUCAUGGCACCCCGCAAUGCCCGUUUACUCUCAGCAACUGCUUUCCGAGCCGACUCGCCUGUCAAGACCAGCUCUGCUGACGCCCCGACGACGCCCCUUUCGGAGAGCUCAAUGAUCAAGAAGGAGACACCUGCUGAGGCAAUGACUCGUCACCAACCAGACUAUGACGCUACUAUCGACCAUGGCACCUCCAAAUUCUCUCCCGUGCCCAAGCGUGUCAUGGAUGGAAGUGAGCCCGGCGAGACGGUUCCUGCUGCUGUCCUCUCUGGAGCUCCGACCGAUCUCCAAGCCCGUACUGUCAGGAUUUUCCGACCUUCCAAGCCCGCAUCGCAGUCUGGAGACUGGCACUCUCACCACUGGAGGAUGGAUUGGGAUAUUCUACAAAAGGGGCACCGCUGGGAAAACCCCUUGAUAGGCUGGCAAUCUUCUGCGGAUUGCAUGCAGGGUACACAUUUGAACUUCAAGUCGAAGGAAGACGCCAUUCUGUUUGCGCAGAAGCAGGGCUAUGAAUAUUUUGUCCAGGAGCCAAAUGAGCGCAAGUUUGUUCCCAAGGCUUACGCCAACAACUUCGUUCACGAACACAAGAAGCUCAAGCACAUCAGAACCAAAUAGACCCGCUUUUCAGUUUACCGUGUAUGUAUAUAAGUUUUUUUUUGCUCUGCAUUCUUUCCAGAAUUAAAGUGGGGUUUAUGUCUUACGCACCAUUGUAUACAAACCAAAGUGGCGUGGUAUAGUGUACCCUGGGCCGUCAACAUUUAGUAAUGCCGCUCUGAACAGCUAGCGCUGGUCGUGCGACGAUGUCAAGUAUCAUAGUGGUAGAUCGGGCCUGGGCAGAUGGCUAUUCAAUGCCAUAUACAAUUAAUUAUACUAUUGCCCAGUGUUAUAUCCUUACAACUAACAGCGAUCAAUAUAGAUGUUUACGUGAAUUCGUUCCAUGUCUGUUUUUAGAUGGUAUUUAAGGUGCAUGAAGAGCAAUAAUAUACUA